AUGGAAGCGGAGACCGAGGGCGAUGUGGAGGCUGUUCGGCCCGUUGGGGCGCAGUGCGUGUCCGAGGCGUCUCCUGCAGCGGCGCCUUCGGAAGGGACCGAGGGAAGCGAACAAAAAUGUGUCCGCAUUCCUUCUUCUCUCUCCCCUUCGCGUCAGGACGCGGCUUUUCGCAAUGGUCACCCUGUCUCGGAGGCGCGUGGCGACGCUUCCGUCUCUUCGCGCCUGCCUUCUGCAUCGGCGGGGCCGCGCACGCAGGCGUCUUCGCCGGAGAGCGACUCACCUCGCGCGAAUGGAGUCUCCGGCAGCGAAGGCGAGAGCCCAGAGAAGCCCCGCGCAGGCCUGCGGGGCGAGGGACCGGAGGCCCAGGCCGACGGCGCCGACGGAUCGAUGGGGAAGUUGCAGAUGCUCCUCGAGUACGGCGAGAGUUACCUGCUGUCUCUCUGCCACAGUAGCCGCAAGCACGACUCUCGCCAGACUUCGAGCCUCAGCCGAGCGCCCGGCAGCUUGGACGGCCGGACCGAUGCUUCGCUGAAACGCCACGAGAAGGCCGUCGGGGCCUCGAGGCGCGCUCGGCGCAUUGUCUCCUCCGACGAGGAAGACAUGGCUGACUUCGACGAGGGAAAGGCGCGGGAGGCUGCGCAGAGGAGAGAGAGGAAGCGCGCGCGCGAAGGGUCCUCGGAGCCGUCUCCGGAGAUGGAAGAAGACUUUCGGAUGGCUGCGCGUCCCGUCAUCACGCGUCUCACCACGCAUCCCUCGAUCCUUCGGUGCCCGCCGAAACCAUACCAACUCGAGGGCCUCAACUGGCUCAUUCAACUCCACGAGCGAGGCAUGAACGGAAUUCUCGCCGACGAAAUGGGGCUCGGAAAAACCUACCAGACGAUCUCCCUCCUCGCCUUCUUGAAGGAGGGGAAAGGCAUCGACGGCCCGCACCUCGUUCUCGCCCCCAAAAGUACAAUCGGAAACUGGAUGAUUGAGUUCCGCAAGUUUUGCCCCGCGAUCAACGCCGUCAAGGUCUUGGGCGACAAGGAGACGCGCCGCGCGACGCUGGCGCACAUUGUCUCUCGGGCCCAGGCUGCGUCCUCGGUGGACGGUCGCGAGAGAGACGACAAGUUUUCGCGGAGCGCAGAUGUGUCCCCGGGGCACAGCGACGGCGAAGACGAAGGCGCCUCGACGCCUCCGGGCUGUCUCGGUAGAGAAGAGAAGAGCGAUGAGGAUGGGUCUGGACGGUCGGGCCAGGACGAGCGCGGCGAAGGCGGAAACACAGAGCGAACGGAAGAGGAACCCGAGGACGGCGGCGAAGGCGAAGACGGCAGGAAAGAAGACGAGAAGGAAGAAGUCUUGCCGGAUCGCGUCGACGUCGUCGUCACCUCCUUCGAAAUGUGCAUUCUCGAACGCGCCCAAUUCCUCAAAGUCGACUGGGAAUACAUCAUCAUCGACGAAGCGCAUCGAAUCAAAAACGAGAGCUCGAAACUCGCACAAACCGCGCGACUCUUCAACACCAAACACCGACUCCUCCUCACCGGGACGCCUCUCCAGAACAACCUGAGAGAGCUGUGGGCUCUCCUGAACUUUUUGUUUCCGUCGCUCUUCUCGUCGUCUGCGGAGUUUGAGCACCUCUUCGACCUCACGGGGACUGCCGGCGAGGCGGGCACCGAGUUGACGGCGGAGCAGCGAGAAGAGAGAAACAUGAAGAUCGUCACGCGUCUCCACCGCAUCUUGCGUCCCUUCAUGCUUCGCCGCGUGAAGAAGGAAGUGUUGAAGGAGAUGCCGCCGAAAAAAGAGCUGCUGCUAGUUGUCCCUCUCUCAGGCAAGUGCCAAGAGACACACAGGGAUCGCGCAAGACGAAACGCGCACACGAAAACUGUCCUCGCGCAGAGACCUUGCGUCUUUCCUCCUCGAGCGAUGCAGAAACAACUGUACAAAGAUCUCCUGACGAAGAACGUCGCGGCGCUCCAAGGCGCAGAAGGCGCUGGCCGGACCCAGCUCCUCAACCUGGCCAUGCAGCUGCGAAAGGCGUGCAAUCACCCGUACCUGUUUGAAGGCUACGAGUCGGAGAAUGCAGAUCCGUUUGGCGAGCACGUGAUUGAGAACGCCGGGAAGUUGCGUUUCUGCGACCGUUUGCUCCGGCGCCUGAUUCAGGAACACCGGCGGUGUUUGAUUUUCACGCAGAUGACCAAGAUGAUCGACAUCCUCGAGGACUACUGCCGCAUUCGCAUGUUCAAGUACUGCCGCAUCGACGGGAACACCUCGGGAGACGAACGCGACAGGCAAAUCGAAGCCUUCAACGCGCCAGGCAGCGACAUCCCCAUCUUCCUCCUCUCCACACGCGCAGGCGGCCUGGGCAUCAACCUCGCAACUGCUGACACUGUCAUCCUCUACGACUCCGACUGGAAUCCUCAGGUAGACCUCCAAGCCAUGGACCGCGUCCAUCGAAUCGGCCAGAAGAGCGCAGUGAAUGUCUAUCGACUGGUCCACGAACACACGAUCGAGCAGAAAAUCAUCGAACGCGCGAUGCUAAAGUUGCAGUUGGACACGGCCAUCAUUCAGCAAGGUCGUCUGAGUGAUCAGCAAAACCAGCAGAAACAACUUUCGAAAAACGAACUCAUGACCAUGGUCCAGUUCGGCGCGGAUCACAUCUUCAAAUCCGGCGCCGGAGACGACAUAACUGAAGAGGAACUCGAAGCCAUUCUAGCGAGGGGACAGGAGCGGACGGACGCGAUGAACGAGAAGCUGCAGGCGCAUGUGAAGAAGAGUUUGCUGGACUUCACGAUCAACUCGGCGCCGUCUUCGAGUCUGUACGAGUACGACGGCAUCGACUACACCGACCAGCAGCGGAGGGCGGAUCGCGAGGCCUGGGCCGCGCUCGCGGUUCAGACUCUCGAGGCGCAGAACGAGCGCGAAAGUCGCCGCAGGAUGCGCAUGCAGAAAGAGCAAGAGAUGCAGCUGGCCCAGAGCGUGGAGCAGAGAAAAGUGAAGCACAUCCCCCGAGCUGUACGCUUGCCGGCUAUGCAGGAGUGGCAGUUCUACGAUCGACGGCGGAUUGAAGAACUGCAUGCAGCGGAGCUGCUGUAUUACCGGAACCAAGGGACUACCCGCGCACCAACCGACGAGGAGAGAGAAGAGAAACAGCGCCUUCUGCGCGAAGGCUUCGGGACUUGGGGCAAACGCGACUUCAUUCAGUUCGUCAAAGGAAACGAAAUGUACGGUCGCCACGACAUCACUCGAAUCGCCACCGAAGUCGACGGAAAGAGCGUUGAGGAGGUCGCUGCGUACGCGCGAGUCUUUUGGAGUCGGUACCCGGAAAUCGCAGGAUGGGAGAAGUGGAUUCGCCGCAUCGAAGAGGGCGAAGCAGUUAUCAACAAGCGAAGGGAACUCGAGCAGGUGAUUGUUCGCCGGCAGCAGCAAUGCGAGGUUCCCUGGAGGCGGCUCUUGAUUCCGUACGGCGGAGCAGCGAAGAGUCGCAGCAUUUUCACGGAGCAAGAAGACCGGUGGAUUCUGAACAUGACAACUCUGCUAGGCUACGGCAACUGGGACAAGAUGCGAGAUCUCCUGCUGCGAGACACGCAGUGGCGAUUUGACUGGUUCGUCCGAUCCAGAACGGCCAGCGACGUGGGAAAGAGAGCCGAGGCGCUGGUCCGGCUCUUGAAGAAAGAGGAGGGGGAGCGCUUCACUCGAGGUCGGCGGCGCCUGGACCUUCCCGACGCAAGGCCUGCAGUGUCCGCGGCGCCUGUAGCCUCUGGGACCGUCGCGGGCGCGUCUCCGUUUCUGGGUGGAGCCCCAGGCGCCGCGGCGCCGACCGGCGGAGAGAGUGGGGGGCCUGUCCCCUCUGGGGAGACACCUUCCCCGCCCUGUGGCGCGCAAUUCCUCGGUCUGGGCAACGCGCCCGCGGGAGCAGAGAAGUCGGCACUUGGCAGGGGAAAGCGUCUUCGCAGCACGGCGUGGGCUCCAGCGUAA